AUAAAUUAGAGCUUCUCUUCUCUUUCCCUCUUCAUUCGUCGCCUCUUCUAACUCUUCCCUCUGGAAACAUGUUGCGUCUUCUGUUUCUGUUAACUUGUGCUUUGGCUCUUCUAACUUCUUCAGUGGCUUCUGCCGCAAUUGUGGAACACUCAUUCCAUGUGAAAAACCUUACAGUUCGUCGGCUGUGCUCCGAGCAAGUGGUAACUGCAGUGAAUGGAAGCUUGCCAGGCCCAACGCUUCGCGUUCGAGAGGGAGACACCCUCAUAGUCCAUGUUUUUAACAAGUCACCCUACAACCUGACUAUUCACUGGCAUGGAGUGUUUCAAUUACUUAGUGCGUGGGCCGAUGGACCUAAUAUGGUAACUCAAUGUCCAAUACCCCCUGGAGGUAAAUACACCUACAAAUUUGAACUCCUCCAGCAGGAGGGCACGCUAUGGUGGCAUGCUCAUGUCAGUUUUCUCAGAGCAACAGUUUAUGGGGCACUUGUUAUCCGUCCAAGAUCUGGUCAUCGUUACCCUUUCCCUAAACCCUACAGAGAAGUUCCAAUUCUAUUAGGAGAGUGGUGGAAUGCUAAUGUUGUUGAUGUCGAAAACCAGGCAGAAGCCAUUGGUGCACCACCUAACAUUUCGGAUGCCUACACCAUAAAUGGACUCCCUGGGGAUCUCUACAAUUGCUCUCAAAACAGAAUGUACAAGCUUAAGGUGCAGAAAGGGAAGACUUAUCUCCUCCGAAUAAUCAACGCUGCACUCAAUAACCAGCUCUUUUUCAAGAUAGCCAAUCAUAAUAUGACAGUCGUUGCUGUCGAUGCAGGGUACACGGUACCCUAUAUCACGGAUGUUGUAGUCACCGGACCCGGCCAGACCGUGGACGUUCUUCUCGCAGCCGACCAGGAAGUGGGGUCUUAUUUCAUGGCUGCAAACGCAUAUGCUAGUGCUGGUCCUGCUCCUCCCGCUUUUCCUGCACCUCCACCCUUUGAUAAUACAACCACGAGAGGAAUUGUUGUCUACGAAGGUGCACCCACAUCAGCAACUCCGAUAAUGCCACUAUUGCCUGAGUUCAAUGACACCCCCACUGCCCACAAGUUCUUCACCAGCAUUACUGGCCUUGCUGGUGGGCCUCAUUGGGUCCCAGUCCCACGUCAAAUUGAUGAGCACAUGUUUGUGACAGUAGGCUUGGGGCUCUCAAUUUGUCCAACAUGUUUAAACCGGACGCGACUCUCUGCUAGCAUGAACAAUUUCUCUUUUGCGCGCCCUACAAGUUUGUCGAUGUUGCAAGCCUUCUUUUUCAACGUGAGUGGAAUCUACACUCCUGACUUCCCUGAUACUCCUCCUGUCAUAUUUGACUACACUAAUAUCAUCAACGCCGUAAAUCCAUCACUGUUAAUCACACCAAAAUCAACAAGUGUGAAGGUGUUGAAGUAUAACGCUGCGGUGGAGAUGGUGUUACAGAACACAGCCUUACUUGGAGUGGAGAAUCAUCCCAUACAUCUUCACGGUUUCAAUUUCCAUGUGUUGGCUCAAGGGUUUGGAAAUUAUGAUCCUGUCAACGACCCUAAGAAGUUCAAUCUUAUCAAUCCACAAUCACGGAACACUAUUAACGUGCCGGUGGGAGGAUGGGGAGUCAUAAGAUUUACAGCCAAUAAUCCAGGUGUAUGGUUCUUUCACUGUCAUCUGGAUGUGCACUUGCCCUUUGGAUUAGCCACCGCUUUCGUGGUUGAGAAUGGACCGACCCCGGAAUCUACUUUGCCACCACCUCCAGUUGAUCUGCCUCAGUGUUAGUAAUUGUUCGGAAUCCCGACGACCGGUCUUCAUUGUUGUUUCCAUAUAAUACGAUUCUCUCCCUUUUAUUUCUUUCCCUGCAACGAUGAAAGUUGUGGACCAAUUAUCACUUUAGCUGUUUAGAAUUUCGUUUCAAAUAAUGUUUAA